CGAACGUGUUCCAUCCGAUGCUCUACUUCACGACCUUCUCUCCAAAGCAAAACCAUGAACCCCGGCACAGUCGCCGCUGCCACGUUCUAGCGACAUGCAGUUGCGCUUGCAGAAUCAGUAUGGCAAUAACGUCUCAAAAUAGUUCAUCUUUGAUGGCGAUACUUUUUAUGUCCUCUGCCUGCCUUGAAGGAGAGAGACAGAGAGCGAAGGGAAGACGGGCCAUAAAAUCGCCUCCGAAAACAAAUAUUUUCUGCGCGAGGGUGUGUUACGAAAUUGAUUUUACUUUUCCGCACCCAAGUUGGCGAAUUGGAUGCAGUUGAAGAACAAUCGAGAUGGUGUGGCCCCGUAUAUCAUUUUAUAACUGUGGCCUGGGGAAAUCUGAAGAAAGAUAGGACCCGCGGUGACUAACACUCAGUGGAAUUCAGAAAUGCAAAGAAUUUGGUGUUGUGUCGAAUAAAAAAAGAGUUGCUCCUCACACGAACUGGAUUAAACCAGUGGCAAGUAAAUAUUUACAGUACAAAAAAUCUCCCCCGACACAAUCAGGCAGGAAGGUGUGCCCCGGCGUUGGUACGAUUUAUUUUUGAAUGAGCCCGGACGAUGUUUGGAGUGAAAUAUGUUCACCACAUCUCGCGAACGAACACGUAUGACGUCGUAGUUUUGAUGUAAUUCCUCAAAAUGAUGGGCGUUCCAAAAAACGGCCCAAAAAAGCUGGUAAACAAUUUUGCUUUCCACAAGUGGCGCGCGCGUAGAAUUAAUCAUCGAUCGUAUUUUUGGUCAGUUUGGCAACUUGUUUACAAGGGAGUUUCCCGACAUAGCGUCAUCGUAGGGAUAUUGUGGAUUUGUUUUGAUUUUCUGUGCAAACACGAACGAUCGCUCCUUAUAUGGGUAUGGAAUGAAUCGAUCGUUUGCCUGUGAAUGAAGGCAAAAUCCUGCCACUAUCAUUAUGGAAGUUUCAAUGAACACUCUACGUGCCUGCACACAUGGGUAAUUGCUUUUGAGGCACCCUGUGGGAGAGUACGUCCACAGCCGGUUGAGGGUUGAUGUUCCCUGACCGAUUUGACAAUAUCGACAAUAUCACACUUCGCAAAAAGGUGCUUUGCAUGGUAUAAUUUACCUCUUGCUGUAACAAAUUAAGCGAUAAAUGGCAUUUAUAACAAGAACAUACAAAAAUAAUGAACAUUUUAGCAUGUAAAACAGUACCGAGGAUGCUCUUGGAUUGUUCCUACCUUCCUUCCACAGGGGUGAUUAUUUGGCACGUAAUUUCAUCACUACUUCAACGAAAACACUUAAACUCUGUUGAAAUCCAGCUAAAUACCAGCAUUUCAUUACAUUUACCACUUGUUUAUCGAAAGAAAAGCACCGAAAAUGUCCACUUCCAAUCGACACCAACGGAUGUCGCCGGGAACUGUCAAAACCGUCGUCACACCGCGUGUAUCUAUGCACCUUGAUCGCGCCGCCAAAUAUCAGAGAAGAGAAGAACGGUGCGGUGCGUACAAUUUGUGACCAAGUCGUGUGGAAAAUAACACAUUUUAGGCGUGCAAAGUGUAUCUCUUCUAUGCUAGUCUUCGUUCGUAGCCAUGGAAAAACAGGACGACGACAAAAGCCGCAAAUCGCCGGCGGAGAAAGGUUCGAAGAAGAAAAGUGACCGCAAAUCACGCUCCCGGAGCCGAAGCCGUAGCGCCAGCCGCGCGGACAAGCGACGCAGCCAUUCGCGUAGCCCAAACUAUCGCCGGAGACAUGGCAGGCAGCGGUCCCGCAGCCCGCCAAUGUACCGGCCGCGACGUCGCUCGCCCGACCGUGGUCCACCCAUGCGCCGACACGGUCGACGAGGUCGGCGUAGCCGCUCGCCCGGUAUGGGUGGACGAGGCGGUGGUGGUGGUGGUGGUGUUGGCGGCGGUGGCGGCGUCGGUGGCGGAGGAAUGCAAAUGGGCAUGAUGGUCGGUGACCCGAGUGGUGCAUACAUGAUGCAGGGCACGAUGUAUGACCCUUCCUGCUACGGAGCCUACACCAACAAUGGUGCCUAUAUGGGCGGGUACGGAGGGUAUGAUUAUGGCAUGGUGCAGGGCGGGUACGGUACCGCGACAAUGAUGGACCCGUCCCAGGGGAUGAUGAUGGGCGGCGUAGCAACCGAGUGGGACCAUCCCGCACCCGUCCAGCCGGUUGUCCAGGAAACGGAGGAGGAAAAACGCAAGCGCGAAGCGGCCAUUACGUUCGAGCUGCUGAAUCAGCGGGCAGCACUGAAAAAACAGCGCGACGAUUAUAAGCAGCGUGCAAAGGCGCUGAAGCGUGAACUGAAAACGCUGAAAGAGCAGCGGUCCGACCUUUGCUCCGGACGCGAACCGCCCUCCCCAACGUCGAACGUUUUUAUCAAAGAAAAUGACAAACUGCAGUCUCAAAUACAGGACAAGAUCAAAACGAUCGAAAAUGUAAUCGACAUGCUGGAUGGUAUCAUAGCGAAGGACAGAACACCGUCGCCGCCGCCGAUGUUGCCUGGGACGACGAUGCCACCGCUGGCCACCAUUCCGGAUCCACCGGCUCCACCAUCGCCACCCAGCCCCGGGCACGAUGGCGGACGUGCACAUCGCAACCCAUCACGCUCACCCCGUCCCGACGGCGGCGCAGAUCGUGACCGAACGGACUCACCUUCACCCGAGCGGCUGAAGAAUGAAGUCUUGGAGAGUAUGCAUGCUCGUGGAAAACGCAAACCGACGGACAAAAAACAAUCCGACCAUUCCGAGGGUAAAAAGAAAAAGUCCCCCUACAACUACGUUCACUACGAUCCGGAGGUGCACUGGUGUGGCACGUGUAACGUGUUCCCGAAAACGGCCAGAGAGUACCUGGCUCAUCUGCACUCGGAGCAGCACCUAAGCAGGACGACCGUUGACGAGGGUUCGAGCGAGGAGCACAAGAAGAAAGCAGCACCAUGGCGUGCGCAACUCGACACCGACGAUACGAUGGUUAAUCCGGACGCACCGUCCAAAAGGGCACCGAUACGGGGUUUACAAUUUUUCGUUCCAGCAACGGCCUGGUACUGCAAGCUGUGCAACUACUGGAUGGGGGAUCUGCAUUGCGCGUCCUGGCACUUAAAAUCGCAAACCCAUGCCGAUGCUUACGGAAAAUACAUCGAUGGCCAUAAAAACUACGAAGCUGACUGGAUGGCAGAGCGGCAAACUGCGUUCGAAAAGUACGGAGCCUCUGCUGGCAAGGACGCACUAGCGGACGGCGACAUUCCGGCGCCGCCACCGCCACCGACCGCGGAAGAGCUUCGACUGGCAGCCUCGGGCGCUCCCCAGUCGAACGAUGCGUUCGUCGGUGCCUCCUCCGCUUUCCAGAUUCUACCAAAGAACUCGCUCCAGGAGCACAAGGGCGGAGCACCGUUCGAGGUAUCGUCGCCGGUGCUCACGGCAAAGGACGAACCGCAACCAUCGGGCGCGUCGAAAAAGUCCAAAAAGAAGAAAUCGCGCAAGGAAGAACGGAAGGAAAAGAAGAAGAAGAAGCGAACAAAGAAGCGGAAGCGAGCAGCGGCCUCGUCCAGCUCGUCGUCGUCCAGCAGCAGCUCCGACUCGUCCGAUUCCGAGUCCGAUUCUGGGUCCGAUCGAGAAAGCAAGGCAAGCGAUAAGAAUGAAAAUCCUAUACACGCGGCCAUGCGUAACAUUUUGAACGCGAAGGAGGUGAAUGCACGGGAGGUAAUGGCUGCGGCCGCGGCUGUUGCUGCUGCCGCCGGUAAAUCCAGCGCGCCGAACGAACCGGGAGCAGCGGCAGCAGGUGCUGUCGGAGCAACGAAAGGUGAGCCAAGCUUAGGCAAAUGGACGGUGGUGCAUCCAGCGCAGGAAAGAAAAAUGGGCGCAUCACUUGGAGCAGCAGCAUCGAUACCGGCGGCACCGUCGGCAUCGUCAGCGGGCACUGCUUCAAACCUCGCUCCUUCCAACGCCUCCAGCCAGAGUGUGGACGACAGGAAGCGUAAUGUGCGUGAGGAGGAACGGGACCGAGACCGUGAAAAGGAUCGUGAUCGUGACCGUGACCGCGACCGAGACAGUAGACGUAGUGUCGAUCGGCGCGACCGAUGGGGUCGACGGGAUAGCCCGGAUCGGUACGGCGGACGUGACCGCGACCGGGGCAGAAGAGCCGAUUACCGCGACUAUCGUGAUCGGCGCGAUAGACGUCGCAGUCGUUCGAGGGGACGCCGUAGUCGCAGUGGAAGCGGCGGCCGAAGAUUCCGCCGUAGGUCGUAUUCGCGGUCGCGCACACCGCGUUCACGAUCCCGCAGCCGGUCCCGUACCAGCCGUGGUGGCAGCCGUCAUCGACAAAUCGAGAAAGCGGUUCCAAACUUCCCGCCCGAGCCGAAACCGACCAAAGCGGAGAAGAAGGCACCGAAGCCGUUUAGCCGCUCGGACGGUGGAAGUUCCACGAGCAAAAAGAGCAAAGCUUCAUCGAGCAGUGCAGGCAGCAAAGGAAGCUCUACCGAGAAGGGUAGCGCGCCCAAGAAGCUUCCCUUUAUUGGCCGCAUGCCUGUGUUUAAAAAGCAGCAGGCAGACAACGCGAAGAAGGAAGAAGCGGCAGCGGCUGCAGCUGUGGCGACAGUUCCCACGGCCGAGGAAAGCAAUGAGGCUGGAGCUGUGCUUGAGCAGCAAACCGAAAUGGUUCCCGCGCAGCUCCACGAGUCAAUGGUCGGCGGCUUUGCUUCGGAAAAUGCUACCGAAGCGGCGGCGGCAACAUUAGCCAUGAUGCAGGGCCAGGAGGGCGUGUAUGAUCCGCAGCAAAUCGCACAAACCGCAGGAACCGACGCGUAUCAGUAUGCGAAUCUCGAAAUGGGCGAAACGGUCACACCGCAAGACAUGGACUUGGUCAGUGCGGAGGAACAAAUGGGAGAGGCGGAGAUGGUGUUAGACCAGGGGGAGAGUAAUGCCGAAGACAGCUCGACUCUUGCCACCGACAGCGCCCUGCAGGAGGACCCGGAUGCGUACGUUUCGGCCGAUGGGCAAGUGCCGCUGCCGAAAGAUUUCCAAGAAGCGCUCGACAUCAUUUACGACGGUGGCGACAAGCCGAAGCGUGCGGAUGUGAUUGCCAAGGAGGCAGCGGCGGCGGCAGCAGCUGCAGCAGCGGCAGCCAAGCCGCCUGAGAUGGUGCCGGAUCCGCACGAGCAACCCGGUGCGAUGGUACCGGGAAUGGUAAUGAUGAUGGACCACGAUCAGCCCCACAUGAUCGUGCCGGAAGCGAUCGACAUGUACAACCAGCAGUACGCACUACAGUAUGGUAUGCAUCCGGCCGAGUACAUGGCAGCGGCAGGGGCGGCAGCCGUUCAUGGCAUGAUGGCAAUGGGGCACGGUGUCGUACCUACCGAGAUGCAUUACGUGGAGGACGAGUCGCAGAACCAGCCGCUGGACAAUAUGAUGUACGGUGCAAUGCAUGCUGCCUCGAAUGCGGCCGCAAUGAUGCACCAUCAUCAGCAAAUGGUGGCCGCCGGUGCACUAGAUCCCAACGCGGCCGCUUACGCCAUGGCAAUGGCAGCCGGUGGUGGUUAUACGCCGGAGAUGAUGGCCAUGCAUCAUCAAGCAGCGGGUGGUGUUACGGAGGGUCAGCCAAUGAUGGAUCCGUCUGUUUCAGCAGCGUUGUAUGCUACUGACGGUUUGGCGGUACAGGAAUCGGGCACCGUUGAAACAACCACACAAGAAACUGCAGGACAAGCGCAUGCACAGCAACAGGAACAAAAAGAAGAACAUGAACAGGGAGCGAUACAAGAACAAGCAAAGGAACAAGAACAGUCAUCUGAACAAGAAAAAGAACUUUCUCCAGAGCAUGAACAGGAACAGCAUGAACAUGAGCAAGAAAGGGAAGAGGUACAGGAAGAGAAAUCGGAACAGGAGUAUGAACAGGAGCAAGAACGUCCUGUUGAAAAUUUCGAAUCAGAAUCGACACAACAAUUGGAGGACAGCGACACUCCACAGGACAACAUUGUUGAGGAAGCGGAUAUGCCUAGCAGCGCCAAUGAAGAGUCAGUUGAGGCCGACCAUGUAGAGCAGGAACCAGUAGAAGAAGGCUAUGCUUACCUGGAGCAUGAGCAGCAAGAGGUAGGAGAAGGUUACUCCUAUUCCGAGCACGAACAGGAAGCAGUAGAAGAAGAGUACACGUACUCGGAGCACGUGGUAGAGGAAGCCCCGGUGUCCGACAAUGAUGGCGAAGCCUGUGUAGUUAUGCCGGAAGGAGAAGAAGAAUACGUUGAAGAAUCGAUGCAAUCGAACGACAACUAUGAGCAACCCGCUUCGGAGGAACCGUGUGAUGCAGAGGAGGAGGAGGAAGAGGAGCAGGAGGUGGAAGAGGUGGUAUAUUCGAAUGAAAACUUCGAACAAAUGGGAUCCGACGAGAAUGGUGUAGCGCAGGAGCAACAGUACGAACAAGGUGAACCGAUGCAGUCGACCCAAUCCUUGCUGGAUAGUAUGAUGGCCGCUGCCAUGGGCGACUACAUAGAAGAGGAGGUGACGGAAGACCAGUCGCAAGAUUAGUAGUAGCGCAUGUUAUGAUAGCAUUCACACACACACAAACCACAAAAUAGGAAAGCAAAUGUUGAACAGCAUCAACUUGAAUUGUUUAUACACCUUUUCAGUCAAUUUGAAACUUUGAUUUUGCACAUGCAGCUGCAUACGGUGUACAUGGGACAAAUGGUAAAAUUAAUAAAAGUACUGCUUACCAA